AUGUAUAAUCUAAUCAUUUUAAGUCAAAUAACCACACAAUUCCGCCAAAAUGUAUUUCAAAUGCCUAGAUGUGAAUAUACUUUAAGAAAAGAUUCGGCAGAAGGGCCGAUUGUGCAGUUUGCAAUUUUGGGUCAACCAGUCUAUCACCGUUGGGAAUGUAUAGAAGAAGGGGGGCAAGAUACUUUUGGAAUGCUUGUACAUUCUUGUUAUGUAGAUAAUGGAUUUGGGGAUAGAGUGGAUAUUUUGGAUGAAAAUGGGUGUGGAUUGGAUGCCGUUUUGUUGAGAACACCAGAUUAUGAUACAAGUUUACAUUUAGCUACAAAAGAAUAUCACGUAUUUAAAGUAAACAAAAAUAAUUUUUAA